AUGGAGAAGUCACUACGGUGUUUUAUGGUGGCAUUGAUGGCGCUGCUACUUUCCACCGGAUACCUGCAACUCACGGAAGCACAGGCUCCAUGCGAUCCGGUGAAAAUCAGUUGGUGUCUGCAGGCCAUCGUCACAAACAUGACACCCUCAGCAGACUGUUGCGAGAAGCUCAAGGAUCAGGAGUCUUGUCUUUGCCGGGAAACAGCUGAUCCGACUUUUGGUGGCUAUCUUGGACUUGCCGGUGCCAGGAGGGUCGCAGCUGCAUGCAACGUGACCUUCCCCAUUUGUACAUGA